CUCUAUAUCUUUAUCAAAAGUAAUAUUCAAAGUGUUUGGUUUAAUACAAAUUAAAGCAAUUUCGUCAACAAAUCACUAACGGGUUUAUGUAAAUGCACGUAUCAACGCUACAGUGGCGGUGGAGUAGUCGAGUGGAAGAAGUGGAACUACAAUUGUGAAACCAUGUCAAGCGAGGAGAUGCUAUACGCAAAGGGUUCCAAAAUUUGGAUACCACAUGCGGAAGAUGUCUGGGAAAGCGCCACAUUGGAGGAGAGCUACCUCAAAGGUGCGUCUUCGUUGAAAAUUCUCUGUGAAUCGGGUAGACAAAAGGAGAUUAAACUGAAAACGGAUGGCAGCGAUUUGCCUCCACUACGAAACCCAGCAAUUUUGGUGGGUCAAAAUGAUCUCACUACCCUGUCCUAUCUACACGAGCCUGGAGUGCUGCACAAUUUGCGUGUGCGUUUCUGUGAGCGCCAAAUUAUCUAUACCUAUUGCGGAAUCAUAUUAGUGGCCAUAAAUCCGUAUGCUGACUUGCCCCUGUACGGCCCCAGUAUUAUACGCGCCUAUCGAGGCCGUUCGAUGGGUGAGCUUGAACCACACAUCUUCGCACUAGCAGAAGAAGCAUACACAAAGCUAGAGCGGGAGAAUUGCAAUCUCAGCAUCAUUGUAAGCGGCGAAUCUGGUGCUGGCAAAACCGUUUCGGCUAAAUACGCUAUGCGUUAUUUUGCCGCUGUUGGUGGCUCGGAGUCGGAGACCCAAGUUGAGCGCAAGGUGCUGGCAUCUUCACCAAUUAUGGAGGCAUUUGGCAAUGCCAAAACCACACGCAACGACAAUAGCUCUCGUUUCGGAAAAUUCACGAAGCUGUUGUUCAAAAACAAUAUGGGGGUAAUGUAUCUCCAGGGUGCCACCAUGCACACAUAUCUGCUGGAGAAAUCACGUGUGGUCUAUCAGGCGCAAGGCGAACGGAACUAUCACAUAUUUUAUCAGUUGUGUGCGGCGCGAGCCAAGUAUCCAGAAUUAGUACUAGAUCAUCAGGACAAGUUUGAGUUCUUAAACAUGGGCGGCGCGCCAGAUAUUGAACGCGUCUCGGAUGCUGAUCAGUUCAAUGAGACUGUCCAGGCUAUGACUGUGCUCGGUUUCUCUAUUCAACAGAUAGCCGAUAUUGUGAAAAUACUGGCAGGAAUACUUCAUUUAGGCAAUAUCGAGGUAACCAAAAAGUAUAGAGAAGGCACCGACGAGGAGGAUUCUGAGGCCUGUGAGAUUUUUCACAACGAUUUGCAUCUGCAAGUAACGGGCGAUUUGCUAAAAGUCAACUCGGAUGAUUUGCGUCGCUGGCUUUUGAUGCGUAAGAUAGAGUCUGUCAAUGAAUAUGUGCUGAUACCGAACAACAUUGAGAUGGCUCAGGCAGCUAGAGAUGCCCUUGCCAAGCACAUUUAUGCAAAGCUCUUUCAGUAUAUUGUUGGUAUAUUGAACAAGAGUCUAAACAACGGUAGUAAACUGUGCAGCUUCAUUGGCGUGCUCGAUAUCUACGGCUUCGAAACAUUCGAGGUGAAUUCGUUCGAACAGUUUUGCAUAAACUAUGCAAACGAAAAAUUGCAGCAACAGUUUAAUCAGCACGUCUUCAAGUUGGAGCAGGAGGAGUACCUUAAAGAAGGUAUUACAUGGACCAUGAUUGAUUUUUACGACAACCAACCGUGUAUUGAUUUGAUCGAAUCCAGGCUGGGUGUUUUAGAUCUCCUGGAUGAGGAGUGUCGGAUGCCAAAAGGGUCUGACGAGAGCUGGGCAGGCAAGUUAAUUGAAAAAUGCAACAAGUUCCCACAUUUUGAGAAACCACGUUUUGGCACCACAAGCUUUUUCAUCAAGCACUUUUCGGAUACUGUUGAAUAUGAUGUGAAUGGCUUCCUUGAGAAAAAUCGGGAUACUGUGUCAAAAGAGCUUGUGAGUGUGAUGGGUCUGUCAAGUAUGUCGCUGUGCAAGCAAGUCAUGGCUCUUGAGGAAGUGGACACGCUUAGUACGGAUGCCAGCAAGACAACAACUUUGGGCGGACGUGUUGUAAUCAGUGCAGGCCGGAAACAGCAACUGAAUGAGACACGUCGAAGAGUGAUGCCAUCCAAGCAACAUAGGAAAACGGUGGGCUCACAGUUCCAGGAGAGCCUCGCCUCAUUAAUUUCAACGUUGCAUGCCACAACCCCACAUUAUGUGCGCUGCAUUAAGCCCAACGACGACAAGAUCGCUUUCAAAUGGGAGACUGCAAAAAUUAUACAGCAAUUGCGCGCCUGUGGCGUUCUCGAGACUGUCCGUAUUUCCGCCGCGGGCUUUCCAUCCCGCUGGGUCUAUCCUGAUUUCUAUGUACGCUAUCAAUUGUUGGCCCAUCGUUCUCAAAUCGACAAGACCGACAUGAAGCAAUCUUGUUAUCAUAUUGUAAAAAAGUGGAUACAAGAUGAGGACAAGUAUAGAUUUGGCAACACGCAGAUAUUCUUCAGAGCAGGUCAGGUUGCCUAUUUGGAGCAAGUACGUGCCAAUUUGCGUAAGAAAUACAUAACUAUUGUGCAAUCUGUGGUGCGUCGCUUUGUGCAUCGUAGACGCUAUUUGCGCUUGCAAUGCGUCAUUCGUGGUCUUCAGUGUUAUGCCCGUGGAGUGUUGGCCCGCCGUCGCGUUCAAAAGAUGCGUGAAGUGCGCGCUGCUCUUAUACUCUCGAAAUACGCACGUGGUUGGCUUUGUCGUCGGCGCUAUUUGCGUCUCCGCCACUCUGUGGCAGGCAUUCAACAAUACGCCAGAGGAAUGCUGGCAAGGAAGCGCUUCUUCGAAAUGCGGGAUCAUCAUCGCGCCGUUCAAAUACAACGCUUUGUGCGAGGACUGCUGGCACGGCGUGCCUACCAAAAGCGACGCCGUAACAUUAUCAUCUGUCAGGCCGCUGUACGCCGCUUCCUAGCGAGACGCAAGUUCAAACGUAUGAAGACCGAGGCGAAGACCAUAAAACACAUGGAGAAGAAAUACAUGGGUCUAGAAAACAAGAUCAUUUCCAUGCAGCAGCGCAUUGAUGAGUUGAACAGAGACAAUAGCAACCUUAAGCUCAAGACCAGCGAAAUUUCCGUCCUCAAAAUGAAGCUGGAAAUGAAAAAGAAUCUGGAGGGUGAAUUCAAGAACGUCAAGGCUGCCUGUUUGGAUAAGGACAAAUUAAUAGCGGCACUGAACAAGCAGUUAGAAUCGGAGCGGGAUGAGAAAAUGCAGCUGCUCGAGGAGAAUGGGCACUCGCAAGAGGAAUGGCAGAAUCAAAAGCAACUGUGGCGCAUAGAGAACGAGGAAUUGCGCAGGCAAAUUGAUGAGAUGAUUGAAAUGGCGAAGAACGUGGAGGUUAACCAACGCGUGCACGCAGAGCGCAUGCUAACAGAAAUUGACAAUAAAGAGCUAAACGAGGCCUAUCAACGUGCUAUCAAGGACAAGGAGGUCAUUGAAAAUGAGAACUAUAUGCUAAAGGAAGAGCUUAGUCGGUUCCAGCAACAAAACGGAGUCACAGACUAUCAUCACAGUCGCUCCGUUAGCAAUGCUUCCAGUCAGAAUGACGAUGAUAUUGGCUAUGCCUCGGCAAAGAAUACACUGGAAAUCAGCAGACCGCCAGACCUGCUAACAAAGAGUGACAGCACUAGCAUCGUUGUGAAACUGCGAUCCAUACUGGAGGAGGAAAAGCUCAAACAUAAGUAUUUGCAAGAACAGUAUUUCAAGCUAGCCAGUCGUAAUAAGCCAACUGAGGAUUCGUUCCGCGUCUCCGAGCUUGAGGUAGAGAACGAGAAACUUCGCAGUGACUACGAUCAGCUGCGCACGAGCAUAAAACACGGUGUUGAGAUCAACGAGCUCAAUGCACAACAUGCCGCGCUACAGGAAGAAGUCCGUAGAAGACGCGAGGAGUGCAUACAACUGAAGGCAGUGUUGCAACAGCAGAAUCAGACAAUGCGUUCCCUCGAGCCUGAGAGUCUACGCGUCAAUGAUUCCCACAAUAUCCAUGAGCUGAUGGAGGCAUUCCAGGCCCAAAAGCUUGUCAAUAGGCAAUUGGAAUCAGAGCUGAAGGCCAUCACCGAGGAGCACAAUAGCAAGCUGAUGGAGAUGACUCAAGAAAUAGAACGCUUCCGUAUCGAAAAAGAAGAAAUGCAGCAAGUACUGUACAAGAGCCUUGAUGAAUAUGACAACGCCACAAUGGAUACGCUCAAACAGAAUGAUCGUUAUUUGCGCAUGGAGCUGAAGAAGGCAAUAUCGCAAUAUUUGCUGGUGCAGGACGAGCUCAAGUUGGCAAACAAAAAACUUAAUGCCUAUAGGCAAGAUGGUGGCAAGCUGGAGCAUAAGCUGGAGGAGGAAGUAAGUCGCAGCAAGGGCAAAACAGCGGAGGAGCGAGAUCGAAGCGAUGUUGGCGCCAAUGUAACCAAACAAAAAUCGCAAAAUCCGCAAGGCCUAAUGAAGUUCCACAGCGGCGAUUUGGACAAGAUCUUGCAAAGAUUACUCAGCAAUCUCACUCCCAGAACUGUUGUCGGUCUAUUGCCCGGUUUUCCUGCAUAUCUUAUAUUCAUGUGCAUUCGCUAUACCGAUCUGACAAAUGCCGAUGAUGAUGUUCGUGAGCUACUCAGCAAAUUUGUUAUGCAGAUCAAAAAAAUGCACCGUACACCUCAUCCCAUAGAGUAUCGAGUUAUUUGGCUGGUUAAUUCAAUAACUCUCUUAAAUCUACUUAAACAAUAUGGUGACGUCGAGGAGUACGUCAAGUUCAAUACCGAAAAGCAGAAUCAGCAGCAAUUGAAAAACUUCAAUCUUUUCGAAUACCGUCGUGUUAUACUUGAUUUGAUCGUAAAUUUAUAUCAAGCGCUGGUGAUGCAAAUACAGGGUCUACUUGACGCCAAGAUUGUGCCAGCUAUACUGAACAACGAUGAGAUUCAACGCGGUCGUCAGGCUCAUGGCAUGAGAAACCGUACCAGCUCGAUGGACUCAUCAUCGCCAGAGCAUGGAAAUAUGCCAGCUUGGAAACAGCUUAUCUCUCAACUCGAGCAUUUCUACAAACAGUUUCAGCAUUUCGGAUUGGACAAUUGCUAUGCAGAGCAAAUAUUUCAUCAGUUAUUGUACUUUAUCUGUGCUGUCGCUCUUAACUGUUUGAUGCUACGUGGCGAUAUUUGCAUGUGGGAGACGGGCAUGAUAAUACGCUAUAAUCUUGGUUGUAUCGAGGAUUGGGUGCGCAGCAAAAAAAUGUCGAACGAUGUGCUAACGCCACUGGCGCCAUUAAAUCAAGUUUCGCAGUUGUUGCAAUCGCGUAAAAGUGAGCAGGAUGUGCAGACGAUCUGUGACCUUUGCACCUCUUUAAAUACUGCGCAGGUCCUGAAGGUAAUGAAGUCAUACAAGCUCGAUGACUACGAAAGCGAAAUUACGAAUGUAUUUCUGGAUAAGUUGGCUGAAAAGUUGAAUGCUCGUCAAAUGCAUAAAAACGACGAAUUUACAAUGGACCAGAAGUUCAUUCAACCAUUCAAGGUGGUAUUUAAAUAUAGUGAAAUUAAGCUGGAGGAUAUUGAACUGCCGUCGCAUUUGAAUCUGGACGAAUUCCUCACCAAAAUCUAAUCUAUUUGCUCGAUUGUGUCCAUGUUUGUUUUGAACGUUGCCAUCUGACUUGGUCACCAUUAGCCCUUUGUAACGUAUUAAAUAUUUAUAGUUAUUUGUGUUGCCAAGAAUGAAAUUACUCUUGUGUGUAGUUCCUGUUUAGUUUAAAUUAUUACCUUCACAUUUCAUCAAUGAUUUCAAAACGAAAAAUUGUCGAAAUUGUAACCUCAUUUUCGAGAUACAGUGGAAAUGAUCGUGAUGGCGGUUUUGAACCAAUGUUGAGAAGCAAUAUUUGUCGAGAGUGAGACUCCAUAACAUUCCUAAAUUGCAAUAAACGAAAAUUGUACCUUUUUGCAUGUUA